AUGGCUGCUCUCGUUGGCAAAUCACGCACAUGCUUUGGCUUCAUUCCCAAUGAAACUGGCGUGCUCAUCAUCACCAUCUUUGGCAUUCUAAACAAGCUAUCUGGAUUCUACGGCCUUAUUUCACUUGAUACCAGCGAUCCUAUUGCAUUUGCCGUUUAUAUCUACUCAUUAUGUGGUGUUGGUAUCUUUGCUUAUGGUCUCUAUGGCUUACACACGGAUAACAUUCGAAUUGUUCGUUGGUAUACAAUGUUCUACUGGUUGGAUUGCUUUGUGAGUGCCGUGACCACUGCCGUGUUUGCCGUCAAGUGGUAUGUGUACACCGACCACAGCUUGCCGGAGUUGGCGGAUGACCCAUCCAAACAAAAGGAGCAUGACGACGUAUUCCGCAUGGAGAGCAUUGUGAGCAUUAUCAUGUUGGUGGGCUUACGCAUGGUCCAUGUGUACUUUGCCAUUGUGCUCACGGUCUAUUAUCGAUCACUCGGCAGAGCUCGCUAUUCAAAGUUGGCAGCAGCUGUCGAUGAAGACUUGGAUGAGAUUGAACAUGGUCACAGAUUGGAUUAG